CUCUUCCGGGAGACCCGACGCCCUUUGACCGCGACUGCCCCCGCUCGAUCCGACGACCACCGCGAGUUACCCCCACGGGCGAGGACCCGCUGGACCCCCCAGUGUUGGUGAACUUGACAGUGCUCGACGGCGCCGCGAGCGUCCCUCUCGCCCACCUCACCCCUGCCCCGGGACGAUCCCGAGGAACGUCGGCGAGCACCUGCCCGCCCGGGACACACAUGAUGUAUCGCCAGCAAAGACAGUCGAGCGCCUCGUCCCAGUGGUCGUCCACGUCGCCGACGUCGACGACGUCUUCCAGCUCGCCGUCGACCUGGUCCAGCUCCUCGUCGAGGUCCUCCUGGCCGGUUCCCGUGUUCGCCUGGACGGUCGCCCUGCUUCUGGUGUCCUCCUGCUUGGGCCUGGCCGACGCCGGAGUCCUGAUGGGGCAUCCUCUCGGCAAACGGUCCUUCAUGGACAUCCAGUGCAAGGGCGUGUACGACAAGAGCCUCUUCGCUCGACUCGACCGCAUCUGCGAGGACUGCUACAAUCUCUUCCGAGAGCCGCAGCUGCACUCGCUCUGCAGAAAGAACUGCUUCACGUCGGACUACUUCAAGGGCUGCCUGGACGUGCUGCUGCUGCAGGACGAGAUGGAGCAGAUCCAAACCUGGAUCAAGCAACUCCACGGAGCCGAUCCCGGGGUUUAGGCAAGAAUGCUUCAGCACCCAAUACUUUACGAGCUGCAUCCAAGCGCUGCUGCUUGAGGACGAGAAAGAAAAGUUCCAGGAGAUGGUCGAGUACCUGGGCCGCAAGAAGUAAGGGGAGAUACUUACGAAGAUACGACGACGCUGAGGAGAGGAGGGAGACAGAGGCUGGGAGGCCGAGGAAGGGAGCACCGCUGAGAGAGGAGAGGAGGAAAAGGGAGAGAGAGCGAGAGAGAGGGAGAAACUGUACAUGAAUGAGUGUCCGUGGUUAGUGUACAUGUGUAGUACCCAUUUAUGUAUGUACGUAUGUAUGUUCCCGCGCAAGUACCGAGAGAGAGAGAGGGAGACGGGACGAGGCAGGACGAGACCGGGCGAGAGAGAAGGAGAGGGAGAACGAGGUGCUCGAAUGCGAGAGGACGAGGGAGCGAGAGAGUGACCGAACGCCGAGGAGGCGAGAUGGAGAGAGGGAGGGAAGAAGAGGAGACGAUCGGAGAGACGUCGAGGUGGAGGAGGAGAGCGAGAUCCUGGAUCGAUGCAUCGCGAUCUCGGGAUGCAUCCUCCAAAGAUCGAGAUCACCCACGGUCGGACGUGUGCGAUCACCUGAUCGUUGCGUACGCGGUACACCGAGGAUCGGGUACUGGGUACCGAAAAUCGCGUACCGAACAUCGAGAGCCGAGCUUCGAACACCAAGUACUGGGUACCCAGCAUCGCGUAUUUAAUAUCGAGGUCGAGCACCGAAUAGUGGGUACCGAGGACCGAGCAUCGCGUUUCUAACAUCAAGUGCCGAGCACUUAGUACUGGGUACCGAGUAUCGAGUUUCUAACAUAAAGUGCCGAGCACUUAGUAC